GUGCUGGUAAAUACCAGCUUUCCCAACACCGUUUCUUCGCGCCUUUUUUUUCCCUCAGCACAUUGUGCCAACAAUUUUUGCAACUAAAAACUCGGUUAAAAUGAUUAUUAUCGAGUGAAUUGGACACCGGAUCAGCAAAACCCAUUGGGGCCCCAAGUACCGUUAGGAAGGGGAGCGAGACCAACGCGACGCCAGUGCGAUCGCGGCAGUGUGUGUGCGUGUGCGGUAGUGUAAGAAAUAUAAUCGCUACGAAGAUUUCAAACGCUUAAGUACUUAGAUUCUACAAAAGAAAACUACACCAUACACAAACACACGCACACACUCAGCAAUAUGCAUUAAACAAAAUACAAAAAGAAAACAACGAAAAAGACGAAAGAAAAUGACCGAUUGUCCGAUAAAUUGUCUUACAAGUGAGCACAUUGCAAGUCCACCGGGAACUCCCGCCAAAAAUGCUGGCCGGGAUCGGGAUCUCGCCGAGCCCACAUCCCCGUUCGUUUUGCGAGCACCGCCCAGCGCCAAGUCGAAAUUGAUACUGCAGAACAUGGAGGAGGUGCUCCAUUCGGUGAAGCAGAAGCACCGCGAGAAGCACAAGCGGAAGAGGGAGGAGAAGAGGAGGGCGGCGCUGCUGGAGGAUCAGAAGAACGAGAAACCACAGCCGCUGCGGGAGAAGACUACGCAGGAGAACGGCCUGAAGAACGGCCAUCGGCGGCGCUCCAGUCCGCUGAAGUCCAGCACUCCGGUGGCCGACAGCCAAAGCAUCAUGAAGCACUUUGCCAAAACGGCGGUGGGGAAACCGGAGCAUCCGGUGACCACCACCCCCAAACCCAAACCGCCCACCAAUGUCUUUGAGUUCAUGAUGAAUGCCCGCAAUCGGUCCAUAGGCGUUAAUGAAGGAGGCGCCGAUUCACCCGGGGAUCAGGAAGUUCAAACCAGCGAAGGAGCAACGCCCACGUCUAAAAGGAAGCUGCUCCUCCAGGAGUGGAACGAAAGGAAGGGGGGAGCCAAACGGAGACUGGCGGAUGAGGCGCGCGGCGAGUUCAUUGAGGUGCAGAUGGAGCAGAGGGCCAAGAGAUUGAGGAAAAUGCUGACCAAGACUGACCAGAAAGAGGUGACGGCUCCUUCUUCGGCGCCCACAGAGUUAACAGUCAAGCGCUCGAGGGGAAGGCCAAGAUCCCGACGACUCAGCUCCGUGGAGGCGCCGCCCCAGGAUCCCGAAACCGAAGAAUUCCUCUCCAAGCUGUCGUCGCCCACCAAAAAGCGCGACAGCCUGCUGGGCUACUUUGCCAAGGUGGAAUCGCCCAAGGAGCUGGCCGAAAAGGUGGCCAUUGCGAUAGAAACUCCACCGAUGGAGACGCCAAAGCGGAGAACGCAGCGAAGGAAGAGUCAGCAGGAAACGCCCAUUGUGGACCUAGAAUCCACGCCCUCCUCGCGACCAAGACGCUCGUGUGCGGGAAAGGCGCGCUACGAUUACGACCUGGAAACGAGUCCUGCGAAGCAACAACAAAAGGCCAAGGUUCCCAUAGCAGAGGAGUCCGUGGAGAUAAUUGAUCUGGACAACAGUAAUCCAGCUGCCACGCCAAAGAAACUAGCGCCGCUCUUCGUGCGCCAAUUGCCGAGGCCCAGUCCGGAUCCCUCGAUUUUGAAGGCUCGCCAGGCGUUUCUGCAAUCCGGGGUGCCAGAUAAAAUUCGGCAGGAGCAGAAUCGGCAAAAGAACUACGAGCAGAUGUACGAGGAGAGCUACGAGGUGUUUCCCCGACUGGCGCACAUAGGUUGCGAAGCAUUUGUCUCUAGAAAGGAACCCCUGAAGCUGCCUUUUGCUUUGAGGGCAGAAGAGGAAUACAUAGCUGCCUUGCUCUCCCAAAAACGACGUUCCAAAACGAGUAGCUUCACCAGCUGCCUGCCCGCUGACUUUACAUCAAGUAAAUGUUCCAACAAGUUUAAUUAUGCCACACUGCCGCAACUCGAAAACAAGCGCGGCUUUGUAAAGCUCUGGAAGAACGACUUUGAUCGCUUUCCCACCUUCAAAUGCUACAAUCAGAUGAGGGAGAAGUAUCGGCAUUUUAGCGCCAUUGACAGUGCGCAGGAUACGCAGCAAAUGGGUGAAUCCUUGGUGGUCACACGGCGCACUCGUCGCUCCAUGGAGCAGAAUGUGGCUCCGAAUGACGAGGAGGCGAAGCCACCGCCUUCGGCGCCCAACGGCGAACUGCUGUUCACGGAAAAGUACAAACCACUGCUGUUCGAGCAGGUUCUAGUUAAUCUAACGCCAGUGCAGGAGCUCAAGGAGUUCCUGUCCGCCUGGAGUGGUGGCAAUGGUGGCAGCAAUCGCAACUCGCAGGGCCUGGACGACACCUUCGACAUGAGCAACGAUUCGGCUUCCAUGGGAGCAAACAGCAACACAAUGGUGCUGGUGGGACCUUCGUCUAGUGGCAAAACCAAUGCAGUUUUCACUCUAGCCAACGACAUGAACUUUAAUGUCCUGGAAAUUAACGCUGGGAUGAAGCGUACAGGCAAAAAGCUGAUACAGGAACUCCAAGAGGCCACGCAGUCGCAUCAGAUACGAAAGGAUAGCAAAACGGGCGGGGGAUCCUCGCAGCAGUUGCUCCAAAAGCUGCAAAAGAGCGGCUUAAAGGCGAAAGCUAACAGCUAUGAACCUCCAUCCGAAGUGCGGAAAUCUCUGAUAUUAAUAGAAGAUGCGGACAUCCUUUUUGACAACCUGGAUGCUGGGUUUACGGAUGCCAUUUACACUUUGGCCGCCAGUUCAAAGAGGCCGGUUAUUGUGGUGGCCACGGAUCCAAAUUGCCCGCAUCUGCAGCGUCUUAUGCAACAGAAUGUGGUUCAUUUCCAGGCUCCAAAUGCUCUGAACAUCUCCCGAUUCCUAGCUGUCCUAUCCCUCAUGGAAAACUGUCCCAUCGAGUUGGAUGAACUGAUAUCCCUGUAUCUGUACAAUGAUCAGAAUCUGCGCAAGACGUUGAUGGAGCUGCAGUUUUACAUUCAGAGCGGUGGAGAUCCUAGUGGCGGCAGGACGGGUGGCGUUAGAUCGCCCACCAAAUCCUCAAAUAGCCGGCUGGCCACCGUCGACGGCAGUCGCAUUCAUCAGCGAUUCUUUGAGUUCUUUACCACCCCGCAAAAUGUCCAGCAUCGGAUACCCUUUCCCGUGAACUUUAGCCUGCUGCGUUUGAAUCUCUCGGAGCUUAUUUCGAGUUCCCCGCUGCUAAAGGAGCAGCCAUCGGGUGGAGGAAGCAGAGCCACUGCCAAGCGAAAGUCCCGCUCGCCAAAGAAAGCCUGGCUAAGCAGCGCCACUGGUCAGAAGAACGAUGGCCAAAACUCAUCCCUCGCCUCGCUGGCCUCCUUCUACGACAACAUUUCGGCGGCUGCUCUGAUGGACGCCGAUUGCAGUGAUCGCCUGCAGUGCCACCUGUCCGAGGAUAUCGCGCACCUGCUGGUGGAGCAGGCUCUCCAAACUGGACUCGCGGCCAAGGAGUGUCCCUACAACCUGUUCGACAAGCCGGCUCAGAGGGUAACCAUUUGCGAGCACCUGGGCAACGGCCUUCUACGUUCCUCCUCCGCCAAAUCGCUGGACUUUGAGCCUACCCUGCGUUCUAUCUGCCGCAGUGAGAAGGAGCGGGCUGGACAGGAACGCAAGUCGAGUAGAUUCUAUCACUAUCUGCGCAACCACACGGUGAACGUGACCAGUUUUACGAUGGAGUACUUCGAUGCUGCCUGCAGUACGUUUCAAGCGAAUCCCAGCAGCGGUCCACUGGCGGAAGGCGAGCCGAAGGAUUAGCCGUCUUUGCGAAAAAGGCAUAGUUUAAUUUUUUCCAAUAUGGUGGAGCAGCUCCACCGGAUUUAUUUGCAAUUUUUUCAAAUCGAGGUAAGAAGAGUUGAUCUUUUUAGGAUAGUUUUGUGGGCACGACUAUGUUGCGAAGCUAUUAUGAGAUAAACCUAGACUUAGUUACAAAUUAAUUACGCUAAAUUAAUUACGACCUGAUCCUAUGUUAAUAAAUCAAUUAAAUGACAUGUGUAAAACGA